ACUCAUUCCAACGUUAUAACAAGCUUAGGCAAGGAACAAAUCUUUCUGUGAGGAAAAAUGAAUCGAGAAAUGGCACAAGUAAGCAUCCAGUGCGGCGGACACCAGGACUCCGUGGUUCAGCUAUCCUACAGCAGAAACUGUGAAUCGGGCUAUUACCUGGCCUCGGCGGGUCUCGAUGGCUUGGCAAUGCUGCGUCAUGGCGACACCGGCCUAUGGAUCGACACUUUUGACGGACACCAAGGCGAAGUGACGGGAGUGUGCCUGAAUGCCGAUGCCUCCAUCCUGGCCACCUCCAGUGCCGAUGAAACCGCUCGAAUUUGGAAUGCUUUGACUGGGCUCGAAUUGAAGAGCUUCACGCAGCCAGGCGAAGUGACCUGUGUCCAGCUAGAUGGGGGAUCCACUCGCAUGGUGACCGGUUGCCGGGGCUCGGAACACUAUGUCACCGUUUUCGAUGUGGAGGCGUCGGAUCAGAACCCUUUGGAAACCUUCUUGGGUCACACGCGUGGCGUUAGGAAUGUGAUCUUCUGCAGGGACGAUCGCGCUCUGCUCACCUCGUCCUAUGAUCGCACGGUGCGCAUGUGGGAUCGCCAGAGUGGCCAGGAGACGAAUUCGAUCGAGCUGCCGCAUCAUGCCAAGUCGCUGGAGCUUCAUCCAGAUGGCAAGACAGUCACCUUGGCGUAUGGCAGCAGCCUGGUUUUUCUGGACGUUGAUAAGUUCGAGGUGUUGCAACACCGCAAGAUGGGCUUCAAGGUGGCUGGAGCCACACUGCAUCCCUCCAAGGACAGAUUCAUAUGCGCCACCAGGAAUGGAGACAUUUACAAGUACGAAUACUCCACCACCGAGCUGCAGGACAUCUAUAGCCUAAUGGGAGUAUGCUGUGUGGCCUAUAGUCCGGAUGGAAAGAUGUGCGCGAGUUCCUCGGCCACCGGACAGAUCACCCUUUGGGAGCAAAAAAACCCAAGCGAUGUCAGUCAUGAGCCCUACUAACACUAACCUUUGCGUUAUCUCGACUUGUAAUGAUCUCUGUCUGAAAUGAUUUUAUAUGCUGUUUAUUGUCAAUAUACAGAUUCAACUGUUUACAAUUUUUCAA